AUGGAGAAAUGGAAUCAGACCUCAAGUGAUUUCAUUCUUCUGGGACUAUUGCCUCCAAAUCAAACUGGGCUUCUUCUCUUAUUCCUCAUCCUCAUCCUCUUCUUUCUCGCCUUGAUUGGUAACUCAGCAAUGAUCUACCUCAUAAGUGUGGAUGCUCGGCUCCACACUCCCAUGUACUUUCUCCUCAGCCAGCUCUCGCUGUCGGAUCUGAUGUAUAUCUCCACUACUGUGCCCAAAAUGGCUAUCAACUUCCUUUCUGGGCAGAAAAGCAUUUCAUUCCUGAGCUGUGGGAUUCAAAGCUUCUUUUUCCUGACUAUGGCAGGAGCUGAAGGCUUACUGCUGGCCUCCAUGGCCUAUGACCGCUAUGUGGCCAUCUGCCACCCGCUCCACUACCCCAUCCGCAUGAGUAAAAUGAUGUGUGUCAAAAUGAUCAUAGGAUCUUGGUUACUGGGCUCCCUCAAUUCCUUGGCACACACAGUCUAUGCUCUUCACAUUCCUUACUGCAGCUCUAGGGCCAUUAAGCAUUUCUUCUGUGACGUUCCAGCCAUGUUACCUCUGGCCUGUGUGGACACCUGGGUCUACGAAUACAUGGUGUUUGUGAGCACAAGCCUGUUUCUCCUCUUUCCUUUCCUCGGGAUCACUGCUUCCUAUGGUCGGGUCCUUUUUGCUGUCUCUAGUAUGCGCUCAAAAGAGGGAAGAAAGAAAGCCUUCACCACCUGUUCAACGCAUUUAACAGUGGUGACCUUUUACUAUGCCCCUUUUGUCUACACUUACCUUCGGCCCAGGAAUCUCCGAUCCCCUUCGGGAGAUAAGAUUCUGGCUGUGUUCUACACCAUCCUCACCCCUAUGCUCAACCCCCUUAUCUACAGCCUGAGGAAUAAGGAAGUCUUGGGGGCCAUGACAAGGGUACUUGGGAUGCUCUCUCUCAUGAAAAAAUGA